AUGUCGUUAAGUAGAUCGAUGCGAAAAUGCAAUUCAACUAAGUUUAAUCAAGCCAACUCGCAAAAGGGGUCACCUAAUGAAGGCGAUACUCUGGGUAAUGAAAUUGGCCGGAAUAAACCUUGCUCUUCUGCUAAUAAAUGUGAGGUAACACUGAGCCAGGAUAAUUUUCUGACUGAGAAGAAGUUUCGCGAAAUUUUUAGAAUUGAAAUUUCUGCAUUAAAGGAACAAAACGAUUCAGUCGUAUCCCAUAUCAAAGAUUUCACGGAACAAAUUAAUAGUUUCCAGGAGGCUAUUGGAUUUUUUAAUGAAAAAUUUGAUAUUAUGCAAAGGCAACUGGAUGAGAAGAUGUGUCUCAUUACUAACCUUAGGGAUGAGAACCAAACUUUAAAGUCCACAAACAGUGAUUUAAGUGCCAGGCUCAAUCUAGUGGAGCAACACUUGCGUGAGGCUAAUGUCGAAAUCAAUGGCAUUACUGAAUUUAAAUCGGAGAAUCUUAUUACUACGGUCCACCAAAUUGCAAAAACGGUGAAUUGCCCAAUUUCUGACGGUGAUCUGUUGCACGUUACUCGAGUAGCCAGGAUGAACAAGGAUAGCAAGAUGACACGAGCUGUUAUUGCAAAAUUUCGUAAUCCUACGGUUCGUGAUUCAAUUUUAGCAGCUGUGGUAAAAUACAAUAAAUCGAAUCCAAAAGAAAAGUUAAAUUCUCAUCACCUAGGUCUAGCUGGAACCCGAGUACCUAUAUUUGUGGCUGAGCAUUUAACUCCAUCAAAUAAGUCGCUGCAUGCUGCUGUGCGGAUCAAAGCUAAAGAAAUGGCAUACAAGUUUGUGUGGGUCAGAAACGCCAGAAUCUAUGUUCGCAAAGAUGAGGUCAGCCAAGCGCUUCUUAUAC